AUGACACCGUUCAGCUUGGUCAACGGUCGCGAAGCCACGACAACGCUGGAUGCCAUGCUGCCGCACGAGUUUGACGACAUAGCUACCGACGUUGACGAAUUUACCCAGCGCGCCGAAGAAGCCAGGCAGCUUGCCGCGUACGUAUCUGCAUUCAGCAAGACCAAGAUGCGAAACGAUACGAUCUUUGAUGCAGGUCCGUUUUCCACACUCCCGGCGACAAAGUAUGGGUCUGGAUACCCAUACGCCAUCGUGGACUUUCGGAAAAACUCUUACGACGGAAUCGGAAAGGAGACGGCCAAGGAACUCGCCAGGAGGAAGGCCCGCGUGAUCUUAGCCUGCCGAAACUUGCAGCGCGCCCAAAAGGCCGCUCGAGACAUCUUUGCGGAAACUGGCGAAGCGGUGGUCGUCAAGCAGCUCGACCUGUGCUCCUUCAAGUCGGUGCGGGCGUUCGCUGAAGACGUCGUCCGGACGGAACCAAGACUUGACGUGCUGAUCAACAACGCAGGCAACAUCCCAGACAAGUUGAUGCUCACAGAGGACGGAUACGAAGUGGGCCUGCAGAGCAACUAUCUGGGUCAUUUCCUGCUGACUAUUCUGCUGACAGAGCUUCUCAAGAAGAGCGCGCCCAGCCGCGUGGUGAACCUGUCUUCGGUGCUGCACCACUUCGGCACCACGUGGCGCAUCGAGGAGCAAGCCAAGGGCACAUACGGCUGGCGCACACCGCUGCUCACCUACUGCAACACCAAGAUGGCCAUGGUGCUCUUCACCCGAGCUCUGGCGCCUCGGCUCAAGAUACACGGAGUGACCGUGAACGCAGUCCACCCGGGCGCAGUCGACACUGGAAUCGCCGGAGAGGAAAGACUGAUCGCCUACCUCUUCCGAAUCCUCGUGAAUUUCUACGGAAGGACGGCGUGGGAGGGGGCCCAGACGUCCCUGUACGCGGCCGUGGAUGAUCGCUUCGCAACGGACACUGGCUUUUAUUUGGAGGAGUGUGCGCGCGGCAUUGUCAGUUACCGGGCAAUUAACAGAAAGUGUGUGGAGAACACAUUCGCCCGAACCAUCAGCCUCUGCCAUUUGGACCAGACCGAAGUCGAGAAGCUCUUCGAGCUUCCUGGCGGACGGGCAGCGUGAUUUGGUCGAUGCCGUCAUAUCGCUUAACGUACCACGCAGUGGCCAGCGUCUGGCUUUAAUCCUGCCUUGCUUAAACAUUCGCUUUACUGGUACGAGCCAAGCUUAUAACAUGCGUCUGUACUAUAGACAAAGUAGACACGAAAGAGCGGGCCGAAUUUAGCUAGCUUAUUCAUCUGUGUGCCGCAUUAGCUGCUGACUGCGCCGAGUGACUAUGGCAGCUGUUGUUAGAAACCGCUCCAGUGUCCGAGCGGUACCGUGAAUGCGUGACCGGCACUCCACUUCUGGAAACACGACUACCGUUCCGAAAAACGAUGCGUUAUUCUGCGAAUCACAGAUCAAAUGAAUACAUUAUGUAGAUUGUGUAACCUGUCGACAUGUUGUAGGAACCAUGACGUUUGCCGCGUUGAUUGGUGUAGAUACGUUAGAGAAAAUAAUGUCAUUUUAUGAUGGGUUUCUUGAACACGGUGUACGCCCGAAAAUAAGAGGGACAAGAAAAGAAGGCGACUCAAGUGCUCGUGUGUGUCGUCUUUCUUGCCUUGUUCUUCGUAUUUUCACGCCAGAAUGAACAAACUGUGAAAUAUAUUCUCAUAUAAGAUUCAGAUAAUAAAUAUAUCUGCCCUGCCGACGUGACAACCGGUAGCCUGCUAGUACUUUUCAUCAUACGAAACAAGAACGAUAACUGGGUGAAUCGUCGCGCCAUAUUGACGAAAAAGUGCGGCGUCAUGGCUUACUCUCCAUUGCGUAAGAUUCUUUUCCG